CUUUUUUGUUAAAUGCAACACAUUUGCCCUCCGUUUGUAACCGCUACAGAGAAACCCAACAGCCCGAUAUUCAUGAGUCGGAUGUUACAGCUUCCAUUUCCAAAGGUAGCAGUAGUAUCAGUGUUUCAGAACCUGUUUGGAGCUCAUGGACGUUCCAGUAGCCGAGUUUAUGAGAUACUUCAGAACAAUGUGAGGGUGUCAUCCGGUAGAAACUCAGUUUCUGGAUUUAGAACUUUUUGCACUGGCCAAGAUUUGUCAACAAAGAAGUGUGUGCCGUGCUCCUCAAAGGAUAUGCGACCUAUGACUGAAGAAUCGGCAAGUAAUUUACUCCCAAAGGUGGAUGGAUGGAAUAUGGUGAGUGAAAGUGGUUUGUUGAAACUGAAAAAGUCAUGGAGAGUUAAAUCCUUCACAAAAGGAAUGGAAAUGUUUAAGCUCAUAGCUGAUGUAGCAGAAGCAGAAGGUCAUCAUCCCGACCUUCAUCUUGUUGGAUGGAACAAUGUGACCAUUGAGAUCUGGACACAUGCAGUUGGUGGAUUGACUGAGAAUGAUUUCAUACUGGCUGCUAAAAUCAAUGCACUUGAUAUGCAAAAUCUGAUGAGGCGGAAAGCUACUGAUUGAGCAGCCGGGAAAGCAUACCUAUGCAACGGUCGGAAUUUUCACAUGUGUUCCUGAAAAGAAAAAAAUGUGUUUGUCUUUUGUUGGUAUUUUGGUGUACAAUCGAGCGUCUGAGGAUUUACUUAGUUCAACAAAAAUUUCUUGUUAGUGUCUGAAGAUACAUGAAGUGGCUGUUUCUUUUAUGUUUAAAGAUCUUCAAAGCUCAAUGAAUAUAUGUCUGGCAUCAUCUUUGGGCUGGAGUUUUCUUUUCUGAA